AACGAAAUGAAAAAUUCGGCAGGCUCGCUAACACAUCAAGAACAUCUGUGCUUUUUGACAAUUGAACUUAAUAAUACAUCGAUAGUCGCGAAUGGAUUUUAAAUUAGAUCUAUCUCAGGCUGUUAAACGAGUCUAAUGGUCGCAUGCUUAAAAGUAGCGGCCUUUCUAUUCGCUGGGCCCUGCCACAGCCGGCCGUAAUACGCGCUUUGUAAGGAUCUCUUGCGCCCUACUGCGCAAUGUGAUAAUUCUAUACUUUAAGUUUUGUUUUUUAAUCAAAUCACACUUUGAAAGAGAGAUCCAUACUAAAAGCUGAAUAUACAGAAUUCUAUGGGUCAUUUGGAUACAGUACAUAGGAUGAAUUAUUAAAAAUACUGGGUAUUUUUAACACCGGAAUUGUACGGUCUUUGUAAAGAGAAGUUAAGAGUCAUCGAUUACGGAGAGUUCCUUAAAGUCAUCAUGGAAAACGGUAACAUCUCGAAGCAGAGCGCCAAAGCAGGUUCUCCCAGGCUGGAUAACACGAUAGAAGGAUGCUUUAUGAUAACCUUAGCAAUUCUUGCAGUCAUUGGAAACAGUCUCAUCAUCUUCGCAAUUUACAAAAACCGAAACCUUCGGACUUUGAGAAACCUGUUUAUCGCCAGUUUGGCGUUUUCGGAUCUCUCCAUGGCGUGCACGGACAUGCUUUAUCAGGCAAUAUGGAAGCUCGUGCCAAACUACAAACCCCCACACUUUUCUGUAUGCUACUUCAUCCUUCUGACUGGUGUUCUAUUCGGUGCGGCUUCCGUGUUUAAUCUCACAGCCAUGACUCUGAACCGUUAUAUUGCCGUCAUGUAUCCGCUCCAUUAUAGCAUCUAUGUCACGCCGAAACGAUCCUCGCUGAUUCUAAUGCUCAUCUGGCUCGCUGCAUUUUGCCUGGCCAUUCCACCCCUGAUUUGGCGGCCUGUUGAAGUUGUUUGCUACAGUACAGAGCCAUCCGAGGAGCACUUCAUCAACGAAGUUGUGUAUAUGGCAUCUGAAUGGGUGUUCUGGUUUGUGAUUCCCGCUAUUAUCAUUUGUAUUUCAUAUGGUCGGAUCUACGGCGUUGCCAAACAUCAACUGAGACAGAUUGCAUCUCUGGACCGAACAAGACGAGGAUUUUGCCCUCCCGGCGCCGAUGAACUUAGCUCCAAAAUGAAAAUGACCGCAAUGCGCGAGAAAAAAGCAGGAAGGAUGGUAGCAAUUCUAAUUGGAUUCUAUCUUUUUUGCUGGCUACCUUUCUUCACAGUUCUCACCAUUCACAAGUUUCAAGCAAAAGCCGUCCCCCCGAUUUUGAUGCGGAUUUUUCUUGGUUUAAUGUUUACCAACUCUGCGGUUAACCCUUUGAUUCUCACGCUACACAACCGAGAAAUGAAAAACGCACUGCGCAAACUGUUUUGUGGAAACCGAGGCGCUAAUUUUGAGUACGAGUUGGCAGCAGCGAAUGGGCACAGCCUAAGAUCUAGAGCGGCAACAAUAUCGACAAAUUCCGCAGACUUGAGGAACUCGUACAUCUAUGUCACGGCACCAACUCGAGCGAAUCAUGAAAAUUACACUUUUGGCAAUGAAAUGGAGGUAAUUACAGGUGAUGUAGAGGUGUUUUUGGGGCUUCUCUACGAAAAUAAAACCACCAAAGAAAUGGAUAACCAAAACUCGACGUUGAAGAAUUCAAGCGAUUUUAGUUGUACAACUGAAGGAUUACAUUUCAAAUUCGCCAAGUAUAUCUUCUACGGGGUCAUAUUUAUCGUAAGUGUGACAGGGAAUUCAUUUGUUUGUUAUAAUGUUUGGCGAAGAGCAAGAAUGAAAACUGUCAUGAACUACUUUCUGGUGAAUCUAGCGGUCUGUGAUCUUGCCUUCACAUCAGUCUGCUUGCCGUUCGACAUUCCCGUACAGGAAAACGGUUUCAAAUGGCCUUAUCACCCAAACCUCUGCAAAGUGGUUUUCCCGCUACAAACAAUGUGUGCGUUCGCGUCAGUCUUCACUCUGGUCGCAAUAAGCCUAAGUCGACACAGAGCUGUCGUACACCCCAUGAAACAACAACUGAGUCUACCAACAACCCGAGCUGUUAUUGCUCUAAUCUGGAUCGCGUCUAUACUUUGUGUGAUCCCUUACGCCCUUGUCCUGAAUGUGGAUAACCAUUCCAAGUUUUGUAUCGAAGACUGGCCCGCACCGACCGCCACCUACAGGCUCAUCUACACGGUUUUCAUCUUCAUCGCGCAGUACAUAAUUCCAUUAUCGGUCAUGUUUUGGGCUUAUAUGGAUAUAUGCCGAGAAUUACGAGCUACGCGGGAUCGCUGUGGAUUUUCCCGGCGUUCAAUUCUCGCUCGAGACUCGGAGAAAGUAUUAAAAAUGGCGAUAGCUGUGACUGUAUUAUUCACAGUAUGUAUGUUGCCGAACCACAUAGUGUGGAUUCUCUUGGAUUUUCUAGAUCCGCAAAAUAUCCACUGCAGUGCAUGGGUGGUCACCGCCAACAUCUUCGUGUUUAUUAAUAGCGCCGGGGACCCUGUGGUUUUCACCAUCUUCAACGAGAAAUACCGAGAAGAGUUCACGAAGAUUUUGCCGGUUUGCUGCAGAAGGCAAAAGAGGGCACAAACGGAGGCUAAGAGAAUUGUCGAAACGUGACGUGAUCGAUUUCCCAAUGUAUCUUCAUGUUCAUGAUAACGAUGCAUUUACAAAUUAGUUUGAAUUUCUUGUAUAUUCAUAGCCUUUCUACAAGGCAAGUAGAUUUGAUUCUCCAACUGGAUUCCACCUCAAAAAGACAUUAACAAUUAGGAUAUGGAGCGCGCCGCAUGACGCUCUUUCAAGCCAAAUCCACAGGGAGCCCAAAGUAACCUUAGUAAGUAAUGUUACUUUCUGGAAUUUAUUUAGGGUGCAUUUAGGCUGUCCCAAAGAUGCUCCGAAUUUCUUUAAAAGAUGCUCCAAAAAUACCAAAAAGUUGCCAAAAGUUGCUCCAAAAAUUGCAAAAGUUGCCACAAAGUUGCCACAAAGUUGCAAAAGAUGCCAAAAAGAUGCCACAAAUUUGCAAAAGUUGCCAAAAAGAUGCUCAAAAAAUGGAAUAAGAAUUAUCGAAAAAUUGUCCCAAGUGUAAAAAUUUGCCAACAAAUUUACUACAUUUUUCAAAGUUGCUGAGAGAAUGCUGCUUAACAAUUCUUUUCAACAUAAAAAAGCAUUGAUUAGAAAUUUAAUGUAAAUAUGUAAUAUGCAAUGUAAUAUGUAUAUAAAUUAUGAUGCAAUAAAAGAGGCAUCAUAAAAAAACGAAACGACUUGGUUCACAGUGCAACUUAAAGAAAGAGUUGUCCAUGUGAGUUUUAUAACAACAUGGCUGAUAGCCAAAGCACGUGCAGGCUAGUGAGGCAAUACUCCCUUGUUGCCAUUGUAUCGGAGCAUCACAGACACUUCAAACUCGCUUGUUGUCAUUAUAUCGGAGCAUCACAGGCACUUCAAGUGUCUCCUCUAGUGCACUGUCCUGCUGUCGGCUAAAAGCAUUUUUGUAGGUGACUGAAGACGAUCGACUACAAAAUUAGACUUGCUCUCCGCUCGCUGCGCUCGCUCCGAGCAAUUAGGAAAAAAAAAGGGUCAAACAGUUUUGAUUUUACAAAAAAAAGCAGUGAGAUCGUUUUGCCCUCCAUUUGAAAGAUUUUCUAUGUUGUAAAAUUCAUAAGAGCAUUACCAAUACGAAAUGCCUAAAAAAAUUUUGUAAGUCACCUAAGGUUAUUGUUUUCGUUAAGUGUUGGAAGACACAUAUUAUGUAAUGAAAUCUCGAAAUAGCCAUCGAAAACCAAUAAAGUUUUAAAAACAAAAGUUAAACAACAA